GGCCGCCGGGCCCCGCGGGCAGUUGCCAUAGCGCCGCCGCCGCCGAGCGCAGGCACCGGCCCGGGACCGCCCGCUGCAGGCCCGCCGGCCCCGCCGCCACCCGGGACGCGGCUCCUCAGGGGCAAGGUGGGGACAAUCCAGUUGUGUCACUGCUGGGCUGAUGUCAGGACCAGGACUCACCUGCAUGCAAAGGUUUCUAACCCCCUGCUGUUUCAGCAGUGACCCGUGCAGCUGAAUCCAGGAAAACCUGUGAGGAAAGGAAUGAACGGAGAGGAAAAUCCAGCACGGAGCUUUUUCUCCAUCAUGAAAAGGACUGGUUGAGUUGGGAGGGGAUAGUCUAGGAUUCCUGGACUGCUCCUUGCUGACAUUUUGGUGGAGAGCUUCCACUUUCAGUGGCACUUUUGGCUGUGAGACUAAGGAUAGAGACACAGCCAGCCAUGCAGGAUGCUGGGAAUCGUAACAAAACAGCACUCUGGAAUCUUGCUUCUCCAGAGUGUCCUUUCUUCUCCUCCUGGCUUGGUUCACGCUGUAAUUACAACUGACUUAAUUCAGCCUUGCUGAUGAAUAUCAAACCAGUGUGAAAGAGCACAGCAGCUCUUUGAAUUGUUGUUCAGCAUAAGAGGAGGGUGGAAGGGAGAUAAGCCCGAGGUCACAGUAUGUCCCUUGGGAGCAGGUAUGGGACUAAGGAGUUGAGAUAGACUGGGUAAGAAAAAUAAUUUUCUAAAAUCACAUGAUUUCAUUAACCACUUUGUUUUGGUUUCUGCUAACUUGCUGGGAGAGUGUCACUGACUUGCAAAAGAAAAAGGCAGUUGACUUUCCAUCUUGGCAGAUGUAUUGAAACCUAAUUACAGUUAAUAGCAUGAAGAACUUUUUAUCUAAAUAUUUUCAAUAUAUAAAAUGCAACUUUUGGGUCAAAAUAAACAAUUUAUAUUAAAAUAAUACUCACCCUAGGUAUCUAGUUUCUUACAAACAGGAUGUCCAAGCUUCUUGUGUUAAAAUGGGGGAAAUUUGGUGAUGCUUGUGUUACAGAGGAGAGGGAAAGUGGGCGAGAGUUGAGUUUGCAAUUCCAGGUGCAAAGCUGGGAGUCAAGUGAGAAGGUGUCUGUUUUGGAAUUAGCUUUCUGAGCAAUGCUCUAUAAAUCCCACAGCUUUCUAAAACCAUUUUCUCAAUUUUCUCCAUUUCAAAUGGGAAUUGCUGCUCUCUAGUUUCAAAGAGGUGCUUGAAGCUGAGCUCCUUCGUGCUUGUAACAGUGCUGGUGGGAUUUCAGGUGGAAGUCUGUCUGUAAACCUCGUGAACAUCAUCAAGUGUUGCUGGCAGUACUGAAAAGCACUGGUACAGCUGCAAAAUGUUCUUGGAAUGCCUGCUGGAUUUUUGUCAUGUAUAUAAGAACUCGCAGUUUUCCUCUCAGCUAAGCCAAUUUUCCAAGGGCUUACCUGGCCAACGGUCUGCUCAGUGUAGACCAGGUUAUAGCAGCAUGAAAGGGGCUUUGUCUGCACGAUGGCUUCCUCUGUACCCUGCGAGUGGGAGGUGAUUUCUGGUGCUCCUCUGGGCUCAGCAGCAGCUGAAGGCGCUGGCGUUUCAGCAGAGCUGCGUGUGCUGUGCCGAACGCCUGUGGCCCCAUUCCAGCUUUUUCCUGCUCUGCCUUGCAGCCUGCCCCGGCGGGCUGUCCUGUUUACUCUCUGCUCUGUGGUAAAUGGAUGUCACUUCCUUCAUUAAAAUGCUGGUGCGUGGCCAGGUUCCCUUCCUUUGGGCUCGCGGCAGCGGCGCUGCCGAAUCCAGCUGUGUGCCACGCUCCGGGCUCUGCUCCUGCCUGGAUUGUUGGGAUCUGCCGAGCCCACACACGCACAGGAGGCUUUUGGAGGCAUCUCCGGGGUGGAGAAGCACAGGUGCAGCUGUGUUGAGGAGGGGCUGAAGAUGGAUUAUCGCCGCUGGGCCCAAGCCGCGCUCCCAGCCGGGGACUGCGCGCGUCCCGUGGGGAAGGUGUAGGCAGCGUUUGGAAUGGGGUGCCAGUGCCAGCCUGCUCUGGCCAGCCUCUGGACAUGAGGAUGUGGGUGCUGUUCGAGGGCAUCCCCUGAUGUGCCCAGCAGCCCGGGCACUCCUGGAUGCACAGGAUCACAACCAAAGGGACACGGAAGUCCUGGAUGUCCUGCUCUGUGCGGACUGACCUGAGCUCUCUUGCCUUUGUAGCUGACCAGGGCCUCACCUGAAGAGUGUUAAACUGGCAUCAAAGUUGCUGAUCAGACUGGUACUAUGUGGGCCAGCUGCUGUAACUGGUUCUGUGUGGAUGGCUCCCCUGAGGAGAUGCAGCCGCCGCCGGCAGCCCGAGCCCAGGCCUACUCCAACCCUGGCUACAGCUCCUUCCCCUCUCCCACUGCUUCUGAGCACAGCUGCAAAGCCUGUGGGAUGCACUUCGACAGCUCCUCCAGCAAGCACAUCUGCUUGGACUGUAAGAAGAACUUCUGCACGUCCUGCUCGAACCAGCCCGAGGGUGGGCCCCUGCUCUGCCACCUCUGCCAGCGCUUCCGAGCCACGGCUUUUCAGCGGGAGGAGCUGAUCAAGAUGAAGGUGAAGGAUCUGCGAGAUUACUUGGCCCUCCAUGAGAUUUCCACAGAGUUCUGUCGUGAAAAGGAGGACCUGGUAUUCCUGAUUCUUGGCCAACAGCCUGCAAUUACCCAGGAAGAUCAGAUAAGAACAAACACAUUUAAUACCAGUGCCCGUGAACAGCAAGACUUUGUGAGUCAACCCCCAACCAACCCGGCCUCUCCUACCUCACACGAUGAGUCCUCAGUGUCUGCAGAUCCCAUCUCAAGUUCAGAAGCUCAGGAACACCAACAGGCCAAUGGUCAUGUGCCUCCGAGCCCAGCCUAUGGACCAGCAGCUGAGACUGCAGCAGAAGAAGCAGCAGCAGAGGAGGAGAUACAGUCCAGUGACUCCGAGGAUAACCUGGUGCUGGGCAGGAAGGCCUCCCUGUCUGACCUGACGAGCGUCGGGGACAUCAACGCGCUCUCCGUGCGGCAGCUGAAGGAAAUCCUCGCCCGCAACUUCGUCAACUACAAAGGCUGCUGUGAGAAGUGGGAGCUGCUGGAGAGGGUCACUCGCCUCUACAGGGAGAAGGACCUUCAGCAUCUAGUUUUGGACACUGACGAUCAAACUGGUGGCGCUGGGCCCCCCAGCACCGAGGACAACCUGUGCAGGAUCUGCAUGGACGCCGCCAUCGACUGCGUGCUGCUGGAGUGCGGGCACAUGGUGACGUGCACCAAGUGCGGGAAGCGCAUGAGCGAGUGCCCCAUCUGCCGCCAGUACGUGAUCAGGGCCGUGCACGUCUUCAGGACAUAGAGGGGGCUCUGGGCUCGGGGCUGCUGUGCCUUAAAGCCUCAGUGCUCUUAGGGAAAGGGCCCAACAUCCCUGCCAACAGCUACCUUGGACAUUAGCAUGGACCCUGCUGCGAGAGAGGGGAGGAAGCCUGGGGAAAGUGCUCUGCUCAAGCCACGCCCGACUCUGCUCAUCCCACCAUCGUGCUUUACACCACAGUGCCUGGACUCCUUGGAGCUCAUUGCCAGCAAUCAUUAGCCACCUCCAUCCUAGGAUAAUUUGAGGACAGAUGGAUGCCCAGCUUUCCACCCGGAAGAUCGGCUCCAGAGGCUUUGUACUUUCCUCUGAACAAUAAAAGUGAACUGGGGUCUCAAAAAGUGUCCUUUAUUUUGCUGCUCAGGCUCUGCCCAGCAACAACUUGAUUUUCGAGGAUUAAAAUGUCACUGUGGUUGUUAAUUUUACUUUUAUUUUUAACUUAAUGUUAAAUUGUUAUGCUUGCAGGACAGGCAGACCAUCCCUGCUUUCCCUAAUUCCAGCCUAGUGCAAUUGUGGAAAAAUGUGUAAUUUUAUAUCAAGGUUGUCUUUGUGUUAUUGAAAACUGUUGGGGAGGGAGGCUGGGAAGGCUCAGCCUUGCCCUGCGUGCUGGGUUUUUGCUUCUGUGCCAGAGGGAGGUUUCUGGUUUGAUUUUGUCGACUUUGCCUGCACAGCACGUGCUAGAGGUGGGGCUCAAACUGCACUGCCCCCACUUGCUGAGGGAGCUCCAACUGCACGGCUUGAGUCUUCCCCAGGGGUUAGUGAGGAAACCACAGAGCUGCAGCGUAGCGAGGACUCCACUGCUACACAAUCAUAUUUAAGUACAGGUGACUUUUUCUUUUCUUAGAAGGGAACCAUGGAAGAAAGCCUUUGUCUCCAUGAGCAAUCUCCACUGCAGAUCAGCUUCCCCAUCCUCCCCAGGGCUCAGUUUUACAGUUCUGUUGCCUUCCACUGCUUACCAAAAGCGUUUUGUCCUUGCUGCUGGUGAGGGUGGGGAGAGAGGCUGUGGCCUGAUCCCUGACAGCUCUGAGCUGGAAGAGGAGCCUGGCAGCUCCUCCCAGAGGUGACUGUAACUGGUGCAUUUUCCCCUCAGUGCCCAUCAGCGUGGCACUGUGCCCUCCCUGCAGGGCAGCUGUCCCCUGUGCAGAGCUGUCUGGCUGCUCUGGGACAGGGGCUGGCUCCGUGCUCCAGCCUGGCUGCCAGCAGGGAACAGCACAAACCCAGAGGGGCUCUGCAGUGGCUCCCCUCAGCAGUGAUGGCAGCAGCACGGUCACCUGGAGUCCCCUGCACAGGGACACUGCAGCAGCAGCAGCUCAGCUGCAGGGACUGCAGGCUCUUUGCUCUGGCACUUCAGCCAGAACAGCGCCUGGGAUGAGCACGCCAUGGCUCAGGAGGCAGCAGGAGAGCCAGGGAUGUCGCACUGAGGGCCCUCAGAACUCACAGCUGCUGCACUGACUGAACUCUGGCCCAGCUCAGGCUGUUCUUGAAUCUCUGGCUUCAGGUUGAACAGAGGCAGCAGGAGAACAAAGUGAACGAGUCAGAGCCUGGCAGAGAAAAGGGCAGGUAAGAAGCGACUCUGCAGAGCACAGGGACCUCGAAGAGCUGCAGGAACACACAGCGUGCUGAACGGCCUCGUUCAGGAAAUCCACUGUGAAAAUUCAUGUUGUUGUAUUUUUCAAUUAACUCAGGGCUGGGGGAAUUUAGCAGGAAGAAGAUGAUUCCCCUAUGGAUACUUUCCUUGUAGAGGGUAGGCUUAUUGUCUACAGCACUUAAAUCAAGCUGCAGAGCAAUGCCUGAAACUUUAGGGAUGAGAAGAUGCACCGACCCUGUGACUCCAAAAUGUGCUUUGUGAAGGGAGGACUCUUCUUGUUUCCCUUGUAAAAAUGGAUUCUCUACUUAUGGAUAUGAGUGAGUUUUUAAAGGAAAAUCAAAACCUGGAGGAAAUUGAUUAAUGAUCCAAAGGAAGAUAAUGUUCUGAACUAAUAAAGUAAAUGGAAAUAUUUAUGUGCUUUAUGUACACUGUACAUUGUUUAAAGAUUUUAAAACUUAAUAUUCUACUUGAAAGGGCAUGUUAUUCACUAUUAAAUCCUCUGGUACGAUGACAGUUCAACUUACUAGUUUUGGUACAGAAGUUUGGUUUAUAAUUUUGUAAUAAAGUUGAAUUGUGAUUUAGUUAA